AGCCUCCCCUUCACCGUCUCCACAAAUGAGCUCUUCAGCCUCUUCGGCGCCUACGGAAGCAUUCGGCAAAUCCGCCAAGGCAUCGCCUCCAACACCAAAGGCACAGCCUUCGUAGUCUACGACGACGUCAUGGACGCCAAAGCCGCGUGCGACAAACUCAACGGCUUCAACUUCCAAAACCGCUACCUCGUCGUCCUCUACCAUCAGCCAGAGAAGAUGGCGAAAGCACAAGCGGACCUCGCGGAACGCCAGGAGAACUUAGAAAAGCUCAAACGUGAGCAUGGGAUUGAUUAG